AUGAAUAAGGUGAAUAAUGAUGUUACGAAAGAAAAAGAGGAUGAAAGGAGGCCUAAAGUAACUCCUCGGCCCACUGUUAUUGAUGGAAUUUCUAAUGAUCAUGGCGGUGAUGAGACAUUACAUGACAGUGUCAAUAUUGACCAUAUAGAAGCUGAGACUGGCUACCAUAGUGUAGAUUCAAAUAGUGAUUGUUCAAUUGAUCCGUACAGAGACGAAGAUAUUGAAGACACUGAAAAGGAAAUGGACAUGCCACCACCUACCAAUGAAUUUCAAGGCGAAGAAAAUAAUCAUGAUGAUUUAUACCAAGAUGUUGAGUGCGGAGAAGAACAAAAUAAAGUGGAAGACACAGGUAAUUUGUAUUUGGGUCAGUUGUGGGGUACUAUAUAUGAGUGUAGAAGGUUUUUGAGAAGACAUGCAGUUAAGAAGAAAUUUGAAAUGACUUUCAAGAAAAAUGAGAGGCAUAAAGUGGUAGUUGUUUGUGCUAAUUCUAUGCAUGGGUGUCCGUGGAGAUGUACUGCAUCACAACAAGAAGAUGGUCAUACAAUAAAGGUUGUAAGACUAAAUGAUGAGCAUGAAUGUGUGGUUGGAAACCGAAAGCAAAACAAGAUGGCUGAUUGUAGAUUUAUUUCUACAGAACUGGAGGAUGUAUUUAAAUGCCAAAAAAAGUCUUAUACAGUUGGUAUGGUUAUUAUAGAGAGGGCAAGGACAAUUGCAUUGGAGAAAAUUUAUGGCGAUUAUGCUGGAUCUUACAGUCUUCUGCCAGAAAUGUGUAGACAAAUUCUGAAGAACAAUAAAUGUUCAAUUGCAAGUGUGUCAACUGAUGAUGCGGACAAUAGUUUCACUGGGUUGUGUAUUACUUACAAGCCUUUCAUUGAUGGGUUCAAAAAAGGCUGCAGACCUGUUAUAGGACUAGAUGGCACUCACUUAAAAGGUAAGUAUGGAGGUGUUAUUCUUGCAGCUAUAGCCUUAGAUGGAAACAAUGGAAUAUAUUGCUUUAGGCAUUUAUGGGCGAACUUGAAAAAAAUGUAUAAGGGUGAUCACACUAGACACUUAGUAUGGGGAACAGCCAAAGCAUAUACAAAGUAUGAGUAUAGAGUUUGGGCUAAGACUUUGAAAAAACAUGAUCAAGGUGCAUAUGAAAAACUGCAUGAAGCAGAUGUACACACUUGGGCACGAUCACAUUUCGAUGAGGGUUCAAAGUGUGAGCAUAUUACUAACAACUUCUCAGAAAGCUUUAAUUCUUGGAUUUUGAAGCCAAGAGAAAUGCCCAUAAUACCUAUGUGUGAAAAUUUUCAUACAAAGAUGAUGAAUCUGUUGUAUGAUAGGAGGAAUAAGGGCAAGAGAUGGGAAAAAGAAAUGAAGGGUAGAUACGCCGGAUUGGUCCCUAGGGCGGCAAGGAUAAUAAAUGGGCUUGAAUCACAUGUUGUAAAGUACACUUGCCACGGGGCAGAUGAUCAUCUUCAUCAAGUUACUCAAGAUAAUACGGAAAACAGAUGGAUUGUGAAUUUAACUCAGAAGUCAUGCUCAUGUUGUACUUGGCAAUUUACUGGUUUACCAUGUGAACAUGCGGUAGUUGUCAUACUUCCUUUAAGAGAUCCAUGGAUUGAGUAA